AUGCGGAAAGGUCAAUGGACUGCUCCCGCGCCUGCUGUGUAUGGUAAAGGCAGGCCCGGCAAGAUCCCCGUCGGUGGCGGGCCGCUGAUACCGCCUGCCGGCUACAAGGGUGCUGCUCCUGCGGCCUUCAGCAACAAACAGUCGCAGAACUGGCAGCAGCAGCAGCAGCAGCAGCAGCAGUCCUGGCAGGGGCAAGGGCAGAAGGAGGACACGGGGCCACCUCGAGUCCUCAACUUGCAGCUGUUUCAGGAGUCACAGUUGACUACGCAAGGAUUUCCUCCAGAGGCACCUGCCAUUGUUUACGACAAGUCAAUGCAUGUGUUCAGCUCCGCGCACUCAAUACUGCAGGAGAUUGUGGGUGACAUAAGUGUGGAGGUGGAGAUACACCACGAUACGGAGUGGGACAUUUUUCCAGAAAUCGGGGAGUCCAUAAGACAUGCAGGCGGCGAGGAGCUGUGCUUCAGCGUCGGAACCUGCCCGAAUCAGGGCAGGUGGGCAGUUGGCAUUGCGAAUGGCUGGAAAGGCCGCGAAACUGCUGUGAAGCUCGCUCUGGGCUUCUCCUUGCUGGCCGACCGAUCACCCGAUGAGCUGGAGAAUUUCUGCAAGAACUAUCCGGAAUUCAGGGUAAUGGUGGCCGAAGCUGGCCUAUUGCCUUCAAGAGGCCCGCCAAAGAGAAGUGCAUUCAAUGCGUCACAGGCCCAGGCCCAACAGUGGCAAUCAAGUCCUAAGCAGAACUCUUGGUCCGCUCCUCCUGCUCCGGCUGGUGGAGGAUUCCCCAAAUUCGUCUGGGCUUCGCUGGACAACACAGCAGGUCUCGUGCAGGAAGGACUGCCUGCGGAAGGCUUGUGUGUUUACCACGACAAGCAGUUCGCGGAUCUCUUCAGAAAUGGCCAGUACGUCUUGCAAGAGGCAUGCGCACUUCGCAGGCAGAGAGGACCGUUGCAGAUCCCGGAGGAUGAUGACAUCCUGUGGCGGUCCAGCACCUGGUCAGGCGAGACACAGAUCAAGCCUCAACUCCUGGAGGAGAUUCCUGGUCCAUUGUACACUGACUCGAAGUGCUAUGGCGGGCGAUUCACCUAUGCACAGUGGCGGAAAUUCUUUGCGCAGGAGCGUAAGAAAGGCAUGCAGCAGGAUGCGAGCGGGCAGAUCAUUGAAGCUGGCAGAUCCCAAGAUUUUUCUUGGAAUGCUUUCAUACAGUUCUUCCGACCCGAGAUCUGGCUCCUUGUGCUGUUGCAUGCGGAUGCUGCAGCACUGCGAGCCAUAGCCAGCUGCUGCCGUGGUUUCCAGCAGAUCACCGUUCCAUGGAGGUGUCGGGGCAGCCCCUCUUCCGGAGCAGAGUUGGAGAAGCCCGAGAUGCCGGUGGUGCAGCUAGCCGCAAGGCUGCGCUGCGGCUUGCCACUGGCCGAGGAGCUAUUGCAUCUUCCAAAUCAGAUCCAGCUUCCAAGCACAUGCCGCUCUUGGCUGGACUUGCUCCACCAGCAGGAGAUCGAAGGUGCAUGGCUCUGUCUUGUGCAUGCGGGCGGCAUGGGAGACGAUGUCGAAGAGGUGCAGGUGGUCGAGGAUUUUUGCCAGGCUGUCGCGGUUGCAGAGCAGUGGAGCGAAAAGGUGCCACGGCCACAGCAUGUCGUGAUUGCGCUGCUUCCAUCUGCACAGCAGCAUUCGACGGCCGAGCAGAGUGUGUGCAUUAGGAAGGCUGUGAAGAUCAUCGGACUGCCGCUGCCCGUCUUGACUGGUGCAGGUGAAAUUGAGCUCCGUUCGCGCUGGCAGGCCCCAGAACCUCCCGGCCAGUGGAAGGCAUACCUCCCAAUGCUUCGCCUACGACACGUAGAAGUCGCGCUCGACGUCGAUGGUUGCGUUGAGAUUCAAAACUGCAUCUUGUGUGGCUCGGGAGCCACUGCUGCCAGACCCUCCGGGGUCUGUGACUCCGUUUUACGGGUUCAGAAAGGCAUCUGCCUUGUGGCUGAUUGCGAGGUACGAAUGAAACAGGGUCAUGCAGGAUUUGGAGUUGUUGUCGGGCCUGAUGCCGCGUCCUUCACGGCUGGUGUCGCGAAGCCUCACUGCAUGCUGAAACGUGUAGAAAUCACUCAUGCGACUACCGCAUGCAUCUGUUACAUGGGCGGCCAGCUGACCAUGGAGGAUGAGUGCACACUUCAGGACUGUGAAGUCGGGAUCAGCGUUUGCGACCAGGGCUCCAUCGUCUUCAUUGCGGGGAAAUUGCGCAUGGCAUGCCGAGACGGUGGACGCAAGUUUGAGCAGGUAUCUGGUGGUAUCGUGACAACGGCAACAAACCUUCAGAGCACCUAG